GGGUCACAGACCCACCAGAGGGUGGCUGGGGCUGGAUGGUCGUCGUUGGCUGUUUCCUCGCCACCAUCUGCAUUCGAGCAGUGACUAGGAUCCAGUCCACAGGAUGCUCAGACCAGCAUAUCUUUCCUAUAUCAGACUAGCUGAUGAUGAAACAUCAUUGCACAGAUGACAGCACAAGUUCCUCAGAAGUGUAUUUUUUGUGUUUAUGCAUGCCUCACAUAGACAUUUUUUAAUGGAAACAAAGCUAAAAAUUACAAUAGAGACUUUUGCCAAGCACUUUUGUAAACAUAUUUAAUAAUGUAAUAAAUGAUCAUGCAUAUCUAAAAGGACAUUUAUUUUUUACCCUUUGCUGCUACAAAUCUCUUAAAUUCGCUAUUUAAAUUGACUGAGGUCAGAAGUGAGCAUUUGUGAGCAGCAGUAUGGUGUCAUGACAAAAAAGUACUACAGAUGCAGUAUUUGCUUGGAGGAUGUUGAUGGAGAAGUACCAGGAGGGUCGGAGGAAGCUGCAUUGUGUUUUUGUAGAUCUGGAGAAAAGAUAUGUGGUAUUGUGUGUGGUGGUCUUGAGUAACAGAGACGUAUGUUUGAGAUCUGCAGGACAUUUAUAAGAGCUGUAUGACAGUGGCAAGGUGUGGGAAAACAUAAAUGGAGGUUUUCCCCGGAAAGGAGAGGAAUGAAGGUUAGCCAUAGCAAGACAGGAUACGUGUGUGUGAAUGAGAGGGACUCACGUGAAGCCGUGAGGUUAUAGGAAGAAGAGAUAAAGAAGGUGGAUGAUUUUAAGGACUUGGGGUCAACAGUCCAGAUAAACAGAGAGUGUGAAGAAGAGAUGAAGAAAUGUGUUCAAGCAGGUUGGAACGGCUAGAGAAAAGUGUUGCGUGUGUUGUGUGAUAAAUGAGCAUCAGUGAGAAUUAGAGGAAAUGUGUACAAGAUAUGGUGGUGAGAUCAUUAAUUCUGUAUGGUUUAGAGACAGUGGCACCAACAAAGGGAUUCUGAGGUUAUUUUUAGUGAUGAGGAUGGAUAGGAUCAGAAAUUAGUACAUCAGAGGGACAGAUCAUGUUGGAUGUUUCGAGAUGAAGCCAGAGACACCAGACUGAGAUGGUUUCGACAUGUACAGGGGAGGGCUUAUAACUGUAUCGGUAUAAGGAAGUUGAGGCUGGAACUGUCAGGCAGGAGGUCUAGAGGAAGAUCAAAAAGGAGAUUUGUGCAUGGAGUUAAAGACAACACAAAGGUUGUUGGUGUUAGGGAAAAAAAGAUGCAGAAGAUAGGGUGAUGGAGACAGAUAACUCUGUGGCAACCCUUGAAAGGGGAGCCGAAAGAACAACCAAUUAAGCUGAACGACUAUAUUCAUAAUGUUCUAACUCAAACACAAGCUGCUUACAAAUCAUCUCAGACACACACAGACCAUACAGCUCGUUAAAUUUAAACAUGUAAAUUGUUUUGUACUCUAUCACUGUCACAUUACCCACUCCCUGCUCUUCUAUCAAGUCCUACCACAAGAUGGUGUUAAUUUCUCAUCUAUACCCUUUCCAACAGUUCCCAGGGUAUGAAAGUCAUCAAUGUGAUGCAACAUAGUAACAUAGGGAUUGAAAGGGUCACACUCCAUAGUGUUGACAUGACAGUAUAAAUAGACAUUGUGAACAGUUCCCUGUAGAACACAAUGGUGAAUAUCAAUCGACGCUAGACGUGUUUAAACAAGGUGAGAGGCCCCGAGUGUCUCUUCAAACAAUUCAACACGGCUUAUAUCAGCUUGAACUGUAUGUCAGAUGACUUGCAAAGGUGCCUGAUCAAACCACCAGGUGCCAUCUUGUAUAGCAUAGGGAGCAUUUGUGCAGGACGAGGAACCAUUGGAUGGGGGCUCUGAUGAAAAAAUAGAUUCCCGCUGAAUAGAAAUUAUGGCUGCAAACACUUUUGGAGAUGUAAAGAAGAACGUUAUGCAUCAGGUAAUGUUGUUAGACGAUAAGACUUUUAAGGCGGUCUUAUAAACUGGGUAGAUGGGUCUUGUCAAUGCAGAGCUGCCUACAUAUGCCCACCAUAUGCUGUUAACAUUUGUUUCAAUUAACUAAGAUGGAAAAAUACUAUUGCACGUGUUUACUUAAAUGCUGUGCUUUUCUUGAUCACUGCUGUAGAAACCUCUUACUUUUUCCAACAAUUUUACCUGAAAGUUGAACAUUCACAAAAUUUUUUGAGUGCAUGUUCCCUGCGAGUGGGAUUUUAGUUAAACUUGCAAUUGCCAGGUAAUUGUGUCUUCUUAAUUGUCUUUAUUACUUGUACUUAUUAUUUCCCCUUUAGUUGAUACAUGUUCCCUGAAGCUAAAAACAUUUCCCCAACCAAUACAGAAGAUUUUACAGCCAGGUUUUGAUGCUAUGAUUGUUAAUGACCAAACCAAAACCAUCAAUAUUAAUAAUAAAAUUGAUAUGAAUGAAACUUUUCUUUUCUCUUUGAACAGAUGCAUUUCCAUGUUCUUUGUGGAAUUCCAGAUGCACUUUAAAAAGGAUUACUCUACCACUGCUUGGAUCCACAGUAUGAUUGACUGCACCACCAUGCUGUGUGCUCCUCUUGGUAGUUUGCUUGGAAACCGACUGUCCUGCAGAACAACAAUCUUCCUUGGAGCCCUUCUGUCCUCUGCUGGCCUCGUCCUCAGCUCCUUUGCCUCCAGCCUGGAAUUCCUCUAUGCCUCUCUGGGUGCCCUCACAGGUCUUGGCUUUGCUCUCUGCUAUACACCAGCUAUAGCAAUGGUUGGAAAGUACUUUAACGAGAGGAAAGCUCUGGCUUAUGGCAUCGCACUUUCUGGUAGUGGCAUUGGCACCUUUCUUCUGGCUCCUGCAGUUCAGUUGCUUAUCGAGCAUUACUCGUGGAGAGGAGCUCUGCUCAUCCUGGGAGGAUUUGUUUCCAACUUAUGCGUCUGUGGUGCUCUGAUGAGGCCGUUGGAACAGAACCGCGUUGAAAGGAUCUGGAAGAACAACAUGGCUAAUGUGGAGAAAGCCUAUAUGACGGCUGUGCUCCAAACUAAAAUCGCUGAACAAACAACCCCUGACUGGAGCCAAGCGGAGGCAAAGCCGUAUCAAAUCCAGAGCCUUGUCAUUACCAAUGACACCUUUGAAAACUUUCAACUUGAAAAAGACAAGCUUCAGCAGAGUAUCACACUGCUACCAAGCCCAAAGCUGACUGUUACCAGGAGGGUCAUAGAUAACAAACUGGCAGAUUGCCUCUCAUUAAGCAACAAGCUGGAGACAAUGCUUGAGGAGACGAGUGUACCAGGUCCAAAACUUUCACAAAGCAGCGUAAGAGAUGAAGAGAUGAACUCAAACAAUGCAUGGAUGAAUCCUAAUGAAAAAAGAGAAAAUUCGAUAUCCAGUGAAGUGAUAUCAACAGAAGGCUUUGAUGAAACUGUUUCGACUGAACCGUUGGUAUACUCACAACCGUUAUCCAGAGGUCAAUCUUUCUUUUUCAAAGCAAAGGACGAGUUUAGCUUCCUGUGGGUUCCAAGAUUCUUGGUCCUGUCCGUAUCCUUUGUUUUCAUGGCGUUUGGCUGUAGUGUUCCAGUAGUUUACCUCGUUCCGUAUGCUCUGAGCGUUGGGGUGGAGCCUCAGCAUGCCGCCUUCCUCAUGUCAAUAUUUGGUGUCAGUGGAAUUGUGGGCAACAUCACCUUUGGAUGGAUCACAGACAGGACGUGUCUUAAGAGGUACCGAUUGCUGAGCUACAUGGGGGCUGUCAGCAUGGAGGGCCUUUGUUGCAUGUUCCUGCCCUUCCUCCAUUCCUUUCCACUCCUGGUGCCAUUUUCCAUUCUCUAUGGAUAUUUUGAUGGAGCAUAUGUGGCACUGAUACCGGUUGUGACUUCUGACAUUGUGGGCCCCACACGUCUUACCUCGGCCUUGGGUGUGGUGUACUUCCUGCAUGCCAUCCCAUACCUCCUCAGCCCACCUAUAGGGGGUUGGUUGGUCGACCAGACGAGUAACUAUGCAUCAACCUUCUUCGUCAGUGGUGCUUCAUUCUUCCUCAGCUCUUUGGUCCUUCUGGCUAACUCUUUAGCUACACGUCUGAUGCCGCUGUGUGAAACAGCUCUAGGUCAAAGAAAGCGCUCAAGGGAAACAAAUCACUCAUAGAUUGUUCCUUUUUUGUCAGGAAUUGAAAGUUGUGAUGCAAUCUAAUACACAGUGUUUGCUGAAGUAUUAACAACCCUUGAACAUUUUCACAUUUUGUCAGGUUACAACUGUUUUAUUAUUGAGAUUUUAUGAGUUA